AGGAGACUGCACGGCAGCGGGCAGCUGGGGAGGUGGCGAAGGGAGGGCCGAAGGAGGGAAGCAGGACCAAGGGAGAGCGCUCCAGCCUAUGUGGGGCGACGGUGGCAGCGAGACAGCCAGUGCUAUCGGGAAGGCGCUAGAGGGAAAAGGCGCGGGUACGCGCCAUGGCCCCGUCCUGCCGGUGGCGGCCCCUCCACCGCCUCCUGCAGCUUCUCGCGCUGUGCGUCCUGCUCGGCCAGCUACAGUUAACUCUCCAAAUCACUCCUCGGUGCAACAGUGAGAAACAUUAUGAGCAUGAGGGACGGUGCUGCACAAAAUGUGAUCCAGGAAAGUAUAUGUCUGAAAAAUGCACUGCCACCUCUGAAAGCAUAUGUUUACCUUGUGGCCCAGAUGAAUAUUUACAUACUUGGAAUGAAGAAGAUAAGUGUUUGCUGCAUAAAGUUUGUGACAGUGGAAAAGGUCUGAAAGUAGUCCAUCCUGGCAAUCAAACCUUCCCACGGCAAUGUGCCUGUACCCCUGGGUACCACUGGAGUGAUGACUUUGACAGCUGUCUACGCAAUGGAAAAUGUGGCCCAGGCUUUGAAGCCGAAAAUCCUUUACAGCCAAACAAUGAUCCAGGAUGUAAGCCAUGUCUCGUGGGCUACUUCUCCGACGCUUUUUCUUCCAACAAGUGUAAAUCCUGGACCAACUGCAGCAAUCUUGGAAUGGUAGAAAAAAUUCCUGGGACUGAUAAGUCAGAUGUGGUUUGUGAUCCUUUGCCAUCUGAAAAACCAAAACAUGAAUCACCAAAAUACUUACACAGUGUAAUCUUUCUGCUCCUCCUGGCAUGUUUGGCAGUAAUUACAGUCAUCAUCUUUGGGAUCUACUAUAGGAGGGAAGGGAAAGCUCUGACAGCUCAUCUGUGGCUCUGGAUCAAUGACACAUGCAGCAUUCUGAGACGAAAUAAGGAAUCAUCUGGUGAUAAUUUCACCCAUACACCCAUGACAACAUCUAGCACUAGCCAGGCUUGUGAAGAUGUUUUAUUACUGACUCCAGAAGAAAAGAUGUUACCUGAAGACUCAUGUUAUCCACAGGGACAUGUUGUGUGUGGGGAAGCAGAUUCAUGUAAAGUGGAAGAUACUGCCAUAGUGUCCUUGGUCAAUGAGACUGAAGAAGAUAACUUUCGGCAGAUUCCUACAGAAGAUGAAUAUGUGGAUCGAGCUCCCCAUGAUUCUGAUUGUUUAUUGUUAUUGAGUCGGCCUGGAAGCAAGCCAGCUUCUCCUUUCUCAGAGCCCUUGGAGGUUGGGGAGAAUGACAGCUUAAGCCAGUGUUUCACUGGUACAGAAAGCACGAUAGAUUCAGAGAGCUCCUACUGCACUAAAUCCUCAUGCAGGACUGACUCCAUCCAUAUUUCCUCUGAACUGUACUUGCAGAAAUCUUUCCACUGCAAUGACAGCAACCUUGCUAAGGAGGUGGAGAGCAGUGACAGGAAUCAUUGGGCAGCCAACCUUGAUUUAACAAAUGGCUUUGAGGGCUGCAAGGAGCCUCUCAGGAAGUACACUGAAGCUUCUGAGAAGAAAGCUGACCACAUCAUAGCAUCCUUUGAGAAUGGACCUUUCCCACAGUGCACCUGUGGCUCAGAUCUUCCUCCAGAAAGUCAGAAUAUCCUGGCAAGUGAUGCUGAGGGUGAAGACUUGUCAUUUGAGGAGACUGAAGUGAAGUUCCCUAACACAAAAAGAGGCAGUUCUGGAUCAGGUGGUACUUCUAGUGACCCACCUCUUGCAUCUGGAAAUGUGACUGGAAACAGUAACUCUACAUUUAUUUCAAGUGGGCAAGUAAUGAAUUUCAAGGGAGAUAUCAUUGUAGUCUACGUUAGUCAAAACUCCCAGGAGGGUCCCACCAUCCCAGGAACUUCAGGGGAAAACGUUGGCAGCCCAGUGCAAGAGGAGAACCUGAACCGCUGUGACACUUUUGCAGGGAAUGAUCUCAAUUUCAAAGAGAAAUGUGCUGAGAGCUCCCUGGGGAACUUUUCUGAGGAUAAAGCGCAGAACUUCUUAAGAGAACAUACACGAAGAUCAGGGCCAAGGAUUCAAGAGGAAACCCAAUAUGGCCCUCAUAAAGAGACCAACCAGAGCACAGCCUCUCAACCCGUGCAGGAGGAAGGAAGACCCAAAUCCCGGUUCCUGAAAGCUUGGCAGUGAUGGGAACUUAACACUGCCUCUAUCUCUUCCCAAAGUGUGUCAGAACUUCAAAGACCAACAGUCCUGGAGUUAGGAGACUUGGGAUCUGGUCUCAGUUCUGCUUACUAACUACCCAUGUGACCUCAGACAGGAAUUUCCCUUCUCUGGGUCUCAUUUGCUUCAUCUGUAGAGUGAGGGGUUCAUACUAGAUGACUUGUAAAGUUGCAUUCAUCUCCAACGUUCAGCGAUUCUAAUCAUUCUCCCUGUUUAUCCUCAGUCACGCACACACCCAUACCAUAUUAGGUAAUAAGCAUAGACCAGAGAUGUCAAAUUCAAAUCUACAAAUGGACCAGUUUUCAUCUUUGGAAAAUACUAGUGCACUGAACAGAUGAUAAUUCACAAGUAGGGUCAAAAUUAGGAAUCUAGGGGAUGGACAACAGGUAGAAGUUGACCCACCUAUGACCCACCUAUUUAUGGGUCAUCACCUGUAAAUCCUUCUAUAAUUUGAUCAUUUGCUGUUUGGCUCAUUGCUAAUCUGUAUCCUCAGCGUCCUUUCGGUCUUUUCCCAUUUAUUUUAAAAUUUACAGCACUCUUUCCACCUUGCUUUUCACAUACAUGGUUGGUUUUGAAAGCUGUUUUUGUAUUUCUGGUAACUGUAGCUGUGCCAUACAGUUCUCACGAUGGUUAAUUCCAUCAGCACCUACCACUCCUUCAUUCGCUUUUAUCCCCAUCCUCAUCUGCCUGUAUUUCCCUUUUGUUGUCUUGCCUAUCAUUUCUCCUAUUGUGUCUUUUUGAUUCCAUCUUGGUGACCACGUGGCCUUCUUCUGGGUGUGCAUUUGUACACUUUCUGUGUCAACUAUUCUCGAUGUUUUCAGUUUUUGUUGACCAUUUCUCAGCAAUUCUAAGUGGUGCCUUCUUUCCAUUUUAAUUCUCUCCUUUUUAUAUGGACAAGGCAUCUUCAUGUUUUGGAAAUAGCCUUUUGAGGGGUUAGCUAUGGAAGGCAGAGUGGUUCAGUGGAAAAAAUCACUUUCUGUGAAAUCAAAGGGCCUGGGUUCAAAUCACAUCUCUGAAUACUUCCCACCCAUGUGAACCUGGGCAAGCUACUUAACCUUUAUGGCCUCAGUUUCAUCAUCUGUAAAACAUAGAGGUUAGUAAAUGCCUUCUGAGGUCCAUUAAAGCUCCAGAUCUAUGGUCUUGUGUGUCUUGUCUGUGGCAAAUUCUUUGGGGGCAGAAAUAUUGAAAAGAAUAUUUAGGAAAACACUGGAAAAUUUGAGAACAAAAAAUUUCCCCAAGUGGGCUUUUUCAGUUUUCCCCAUUUUUUAAAAUGAGAGAUGACAAAAUUUUUUUCCUCUAAAACGUUCUGCUCUUCCUUACUCUAAGCCAAGCUUUCCUAUCUCUCGACAGAACUAGCAUAUAGGCAUUCUAAAAUAUAAUUGAAUUGUUGAAUGCCGUUUGACACUCUUGGUCUAGAAGGUUUAUUGUUUUAUUUUAUUUUUUAGCAAUUAAAUGGCAAGAAAGAAAUCCAACUCACUAUGAAUUAUGGCCUCUGAGUGUCUCUUUGGAAAGAUACUCAGGGGCCAUGAAAUGAUGAAAAUGGGCUAGAUGAUCUCUUUAAGCCUCGUUACAGCUCUAACACUCUGGGGUGUCAUGACCCCAGAGUUCUGAGCUAACUGAUCUGGGUGGUUUUUAUUGUCACUUUCAUCCAGUUAUUGUGAACUACAACUCUGUGCCUCUAUUUUCUAACUUAAAAGGAGAGAUAGAGACAUGUAUGACACAGUGUCCAGAAAGUUAGCCCUCUGAAGCAGAAAGACUCGAGUUCAAAUCCUGCUUCUGACACAUUACUGGCUGUGAGAUUCUGGGCAAGUCUCUUAAUUUCUCAGUGCACUUGGGGGCUCUCUAAGACUCUACAGUUGCAGGGCAGCUAUUGAUCUGCAUUGGUAGAGUGAAUUUCCCCACUGGGAGUUCCCCACACCAUUGAAACCGCAAGUCUGGACCCCCCUCAAAAAAUGGGGAUAAUGAUGCCUGUCAAAUGUUUUUUCCCCACAUAAAAUUGUCAUGAGGAUGAGGGAAGAAUGUUAGGAAAGUAUUUUAGAUCCUUAACGGAAGAUGCUAUAAAAUAUAGGAGGAAAAAAAGAGGCAGAAUCUUCCUUCUUGACCCCUGUUUGUUCUUCAUAUUGAUGCUAAAAAUAAAUAAGAAAUUAGAAAUCAAUCAUUUGGGAAACGACUGUAGACCACAGAGAUGUGUAUUGCUGAUGUAAGCAGAAUGAGAACAGGAUUCGGUGAAAGGUUGUUAAUUUGAUAUUAAAAUGAUAUUUGACCCAC